CUUUGGCGGAGCUUGGGCGGGACCCCGGACCUGCUCGCCCGCGGUUCUCCAGGGCAGGGUUUUGUUCUGCUCCGUGUGCCGGGUUCCCUGUCGGUUGGCCAUGAGUAGCGAGUUCCUGGCGGAGCUGCACUGGGAGGAUGGGUUCGCCAUCCCCGUGGCGAACGAGGAGAACAAGGCGCUGGAAGAUCAGUUGUCAAAGCUGCAGAAUGAAAGAUCAAGGUUGCAAGAUCAACUACGUGACUUUGAAGAUCGAAUUAAUGCUAUGACUUCUCAUUUCAAAGAUGUUAAGCAAGAAUUAUCAUUUAUACAGUCUCUUUACAAAGCUAGGGAACACGAGAUUGAAAGUGAAGAGCAUUUUAAGGCCAUUGCCCAAAGAGAAUUGGGACGAGUGAAGGAUGAAAUCAGUCGACUAGAAAAUGAGAUGACAUCAAUACAAGAAAAAAAAAAUGAUAAGGAAAAUGGCAUAUUUAAAGCUACUCAAAAAUUGAAUGGUUUGAAAUGUCAAAUGAACUGGGACCAGCAAGCAUUGGAGACCUGGUUAGAAGAAUCAGCUCGUAAAGAUAGUGAUGCCCUCACUCUUCAGAAAUAUGCACAACAAGAUGAUAAUAAAAUUAGGGCCCUGACCCUGCAAUUAGAAAGACUGACUUUGGAAUGUAAUCAGAGAAGAAAGGUUCUUGACAAUGAACUCAUAGAGACUCUAAGUGCACAGUUAGAAUUGGAUAAAGCAGCACAAGACUUUCGUAAGAUUCAUGAGGAAAGACAAGAACUCAUUCAACAGUGGGAGAACACAAUAGAACAGAUGCAGAGAAGGGAUCAAGACAUAGAUAACUGUGCCCUGGCCUUAAUAAAGGUAAAGCAGGAAACAAGAGAAAAAGAAAAUUUGGUCAAAGAAAAGAUUAAGUUUUUGGAAAGUGAGAUCGGGAAUAAUGCAGAAUAUGAAAAAAAAAUUUCUGCUGCUGAGCGUAAAGCUUUUAAAUGCAGAAUGGAGUAUCAACAGCAUGAGACUAGUAGAAGUCAACUGAAGGAUGAGCUGGAUUCUUUAAAAGCCACUGUGAAUAGAACUUCCAGUGAUUUAGAAGCUCUGAGGAAGAAUAUUUCCAAAAUAAAGAAAGAUAUUCAUGAAGAAACAGAAAGGUUACAAAAAAUUAAAAAUCAUAAUGAGAUUGUAAAAAAGAAAUUAAAUCAGAUAACUGAGAAAGCCAUGUCUGUGGAAGAAAAAGCUACCAAUCUGGAAGAUAUGUUAAAGGAGGAAGAAAAGAGUGUAAAGGAAGUGGAAGCUCAGUUGAAUAUAGUGAAAGAUGUGCUAUUUAAGAAAGUUCAAGAAUUACAGACUGAGACAAUGAAAGAAAAAGCUGUCAUAUCAGAAAUUGAAGGAACCCGUUCCUCUCUGAAACAUCUCAACAAUCGAUUAUAUAAACUGGAUUUUGAAACUUUGAAGCAGCAAGAAAUUAUGUACUGUCAGGAUUUUUACAUUCAACAAGUGGAACGGAGGAUGUCACGAUUAAAGGGAGAGAUUAAUUCAGAAGAAAAACAAGCCCUUGAAGCAAAAAUUAUUGAUCUUAGGAAGUUGGUGGAAGAGAAAAAGUCUACACUUGGCCUUUUGGAGACACAAAUGAAGAAACUACAUAAUGAUCUUUACUUCAUCAAGAAGUCAAACAGUAAAAAUUGUGAUGAAAAACAGUCCCUCAUGACUAAAGUAGAUGAACUAAAUCUUUUCAUUGAGAGAUCAGAGAAAGAACUUAUUAAAGCCAAAGCUUUAAAACAGGAUUUGAUGAUAGAGGACAAUCUUUUAAAACUUGAAGUUAAACGUACUCGAGAAAUGCUUCACAGUAAGGCAGAAGAAGUUCUGUCCCUGGAAAAAAGGAAACAGCAGUUACAAACAGCCAUGGACGAGCGAACUGAAGAAAUUAAUGUUCAUAAAACAAUGCUUACCUCACAAAUAAGAUAUGUUGAUCAAGAACGGCAAAGCAUAAGUGCUGAGUUUCAUGAGCGGCUAAGUAAAAUCAAUAAGCUGAAGAAUAGAUAUGAAAUUCUUACUGUUGUUAUGCUGCCUCCUGAGGGAGAAGAGGAGAAAACACAGGCCUAUUAUGUAAUAAAGGCUGCUCAAGAAAAAGAAGAACUUCAAAGGGAAGGUGACAGUUUGGAUGCUAAGAUUAGUAAAGCUGAAAAAGAAAUCUAUGCUCUGGAAAACACCUUGCAAGUGCUCAAGAGCUGCAACAACAAUUACAAACAAUCUUUUAAAAAAGUGACACCGUCUAGUGAUGAAUAUGAGAUAAAAAUUCAACUAGAAGAACAGAAAAGAGCUGCUGAUGAAAAAUACAGAUACAAACAAAGACAAAUAAGAGAACUUCAAGAAGAUAUCCAGAGCAUGAAAAACACUUUAGAAGUUAUAGAACAUUUAGCAAAUAAUGUUCAAGAAAAAUUAUCAGAGAAGCAAGCUUAUUCAUUUCAACUACGUAGAGAAAUUGAGGACCAGAAACCAAAAUUAGAGAGAGUAACUAAACAGUGUGGAAAACUCACAAAAGAAAUCCGUCUUUUGAAAGAAACAAGAGAUGAAACACUAGAAGAACAAGACAUUAAACUUCGGGAAGAGAGACAAUUUCACAAGGUCAUUGAUGAAAUGUUAUCUGAUGUCAUAGAAGAAAAUGCUGAGAUCAGACUGAUUCUUCAAACAUACUUUGAACAGAAUGGGUUAGAACUACCUACAGCUGGUACUAGAGGCAGUCGCCAGAGUUCCAGAUCUCCUUCACAGACUUCACUAGUGUCAGUAAGGUCAUCUUCAAGUUCCACAAGUGUUUCUACUUCUCAGACUUCGAUUAAAGUGUUAGAGCUCAACUUCCCAGACUCUGCACCAGGAGACAGAACUUCUAGGCCAGCUAGUGACUCUAGUAGUGGUAAAAACAAAAGGAGCAGCAAAUGAAUUUGAACUCUUUUGUACAUAUUUUAAAUACAAAAACUAAAGUCUCAUAGUAAACCCCAUUCUAUUUUUUUGUUUCCAUAUAACAGGACUACUGAAAUAGUAUUAGAAAUAAAAAAUGAUUAGACAAAAGUUUUAAUCCAGUAGAAAAUGUAAAAACUGAUAGUUUGUAAAACAAAAAGGUAAUUUUCUUAGUUUUCCUAUUAUUUUAUGCAUAGAGGAGGAGAAUAAUAACAGCAGAUUGUUAGUAAGGAUAUGUUAUCUAAGUACAGAGAAAAUGGUAUUUUUCUUGUAAUUUAGAUGUUUGUAGUGUUAAAAAAAUGGUUUGCUUCAUUGUUUCACGAAACUGCACAUUUCUAAUGUAACAAUCUUUCAGGAGGAAACUUCUAAAGAUUCAGUGCAUAAUAAGAAAAUUUUCAUUUACCUUAGAAGACCCCAAUAUUAGGUUUUCUUUAUUCAAAGAGACAUAUUUCUGAGACUUUUAGGGAAAAAUAAAUCUAUUAAAGGCAGUUUCUUCUUUUGAUAUAAUUUGUAACCAAAAGAUAACAUCCCAACUCCUCCGCCCCCCAAGAAAACACUACUAAAAGAAGUUCAGUUUAUCAAUAAAAAAUAUAUCUUAAAUUCCUAAGAAUUACUCUACUUUGGCUUUGAAAGAAAUACAACACAUUAAACCUUUUACUCUUAAGAUACAGCCAACCAAGUAUAAAGAAUAAGAAUAUAUUUUAAAAAUCUUCUUGAUUUAAUUAACAAUUUAGAGAAACCUAGAUAUGAUAUGAUUUGCUAUUAGAAUUCUAUAAAUUUAAAUUGGAAGUAGAUUAUUAGAUUUAGAAUUGGAACCACUAGGUUCAUAAUUAAUUUUUUUGGUUAAUACUUUGUACCCAGAAUUCUGAAUUCUUGGAAUAGAGUGUGGAAUAUCAUAAAACUGGAUUUCAAAUAAAGGUAUCAUAAUUCAUGUAUGGAAACAAGUGUCUCCUAAAAACCUUGGGAAAAAAUAUUCACUACAACUGUCAUGUGUUAGAACCAUCAUGCAGUUCCUUCUGAAAAGCAGUAGUGGUAGUAAAUCCGUUUCUCCUGAUUAGCAUUUGGAAAAAUGGUUUUGUUUUGGAAAUAACCAGGAAAAGCAUAGUAGUAAAAUCCAAUGAUUAAUAUAGGUAAAAUACCAGGCAAUUUUUAGCUAAAACAUUGCUCCAAUGCAUGAGAUUUAUUUGUAAGCUCUAAAAACUGAUUAAUUUUAUAGUUGCUUUAUUCACCAAAGUUCUUAAUUCUCAGUCAUAUAUACUUUGUAAAUUACUUGGAACUUGAAAUAUUAAACACUGUGU